AUGACCAACUUCCAAUCUUCUGUGUUGGUCUUUGUGGCCCACAUCAUUCUGCUUCUUGGGCUCCCGACUGCCCUGGUUGGCGCCAUUCCUAUGACGCCGAACUCCAAUGAGCUUGCGAUUACUGAGCGCGACGCCUCCAGCUACUGGGUUGGUAGUAUCAAGCAUCAGGGUGUCGCGCCCUUCGCCCCUAGCAGCGACUACAAGGUUUUCCGUAACGUUAAGGAAUUCGGUGCUACGGGCGACGGCUCCACCGAUGACACCGCUGCUAUCAAUAUGGCCAUCUCGUCUGGUAAUCGCUGUGGAAAGAACUGCGACUCAUCCACCACCACCCCGGCCCUGGUGUACUUCCCGCCCGGUACCUAUGUCGUCUCCAAGCCCAUCAUCCAGUACUACUAUACUCAGAUCGUCGGUGAUGCCAUCAAUCUGCCCGUGAUCAAGGCCUCCCCCAGCUUCGCUGGCAUGGCCGUCAUCGACGCUGACCCCUACAACGCCGAUGGCAGCAACUGGUACACGAACCAGAACAACUUCUUCCGUGCCAUCCGCAACCUGGUUAUUGAUCUCACGGCGAUGCCCAUGAGCUCCGGUGCUGGUAUUCACUGGCAGGUUGGCCAGGCCACCAGUUUGCAGAACAUCCGUUUCGAGAUGAUUAAGGGCGGCGGAAGUGCCAACAAGCAGCAGGGUAUCUUCAUGGACAACGGCUCUGGUGGUUUCAUGUCCGAUCUUACCUUCAACGGCGGUAACUAUGGCAUGUUCCUUGGCAACCAGCAGUUCACUACCCGUAACCUGAAGUUCAACGGCUGCCAGACUGCCAUCUUCAUGAACUGGAACUGGGCCUGGACCUUCAAGUCUGUGGACAUCAACAACUGCCAGGUCGGUCUGAACAUGUCCAACUCGCCCUCGAACCAGACUGUCGGCUCUGUUAUGAUGCUGGACAGUAAGUUCACCAACACCCCCAUUGGUGUCGUCACUGCUUGGACCAAGGAGAGUAUCCCCAUCGGUGGUGGCACUCUUAUCCUAGACAAUGUCGAUUUCUCCGGGUCCAAGGUCGCUGUGGCCGAGAUCGAUGGCAGGAGCAUCCUUGACGGUGGCUCAGUUGUGACAAACUGGGUUCAGGGCAAUACCUACGCUCCCUCUUCGGCUGUCAGCAAGCGUGCUUAUAGCCCCGACCAGGAGGAUGAUUCUGACGAGGAGGAUGACUCUGACGCUCUUACUGUCAUUGAGACCGUUUUCAAGACUGUCACGGCCUGCCCUGCUACUGAUGAUGCCUCGAUUCCUGCUACUCUGGCUACCAACGCCCCCGCUCGCACCACUGACGUCCACUCUUCGGGCUCGAGCACUCUCUAUCGCUCGGUUGUCUCCAAUCCCGAUGUCACUGGUCUCCCUGACUUCGACGAUGGCUGGUUUUCUUCCAUCUUUGAUGGAUCCUCUGACCCUUUCGACGUUCCUGUUCCCUCUUCCCUGAUUGACUCCAUCGAGCCCAGCUCUGAGCCCCCGUCUGUUCCUGCUGAGGCCUCAUCGGCCUCGUCUGUUGUUCCCGUGGAAGCUUCCGCCCCUGCUACCUCUGAACCUCCUGUGACUCAGAUCCCCUCGCCGUCCCCGUCGACUCUCGCUCCUGUUCCUCAGCCCAGCUCCCAGUCCUCAACUUCGAGCGCCCCUGUCUCCCAGGAGAGUGGUACGACCUCGGGGAGCUCUAGCGGCAGUGAGGGUACUUGCAGUGCCACCCAGCCUGUCACCAGGGAUCGCACUCAGUCUACUAUGAAAUCCCAGCCCAAGCCUGCUGACCUCCUGGAGAACGGCGCUGUCUUCGAGAAGUCGAAGCCCCUGUACGAGAACCUGCCUGCUUCGUCCUUCAUCAGCGUCAAGUCCGCCGGUGCCAAGGGUGACGGCACUACCGAUGAUACCGAAGCUAUCCAAAACGUUCUGGAUAGUGCCACGGCCGACCAGGUUGUAUACUUCGACUACGGUGCCUACGUUAUCACCGACACCAUCAGGGUGCCCAAGAACAUCAAGAUCGCCGGUGAGGUCUGGCCCAUGAUUAUGGCCCACGGCCCUAAUUUCCAGAAUGCCAUGAAGCCGGUGGCUGCAAUGCAAAUCGGUCAGAAGGGUGACACGGGCUCCGUCGAGAUGAGCGACCUGGUCAUCACCACCAAGGGCUCUUGCCGCGGCGCAAUUCUCAUGGAGUGGAACGUCGCUGGUGAGACUCAGGGCUCUGCCGGUAUGUGGGACGUCCACAUUCGUAUUGGUGGCACUGCUGGCACUGAGAUGCAGAGCAACACGUGCAAGAAAACCCCCGAUGUCAAGACCCGCCCCAACCCCGAGUGUAUCGCCGCUUUCAUGCUACUUCACCUCACCGAGACGGCCUCCGUUUAUAUCGAGAACGCCUGGAUGUGGACCGCUGACCACGACCUGGACAUGCCUGACCACUCCCAGAUCAACGUCUACACCGGCCGUGGUGUGCUUAUUGAAUCCCAGGGGCCCGUCUGGCUGUGGGGUACCGCCUCUGAGCACCAUCAGCUGUACAACUACCAGGUGUCCAGCGCCAAGAACGUUUUCAUGGGUCUCAUCCAGACCGAGACUCCUUACUACCAGGCUAACCCCUCUGCCCUGACGCCUUUCACUCCCCAAGCCGUCUGGAACGACCCCGACUUCUCGACCUGCACCACCGCAACCUGCCGCAAAUCCUGGGGCCUGCGCGUUCUCAAGUCAGCAGACCUCUUCGUCUACGGUGCCGGUCUGUACAGUUUCUUCGACAACUACGCACAGACCUGCCUGAGAACCGAAGACUGCCAGGAGAACAUGGUCGAAGUCGACUGCUCCGACGUGCACAUUUACGGCCUGAGCACCAAGGCCGCCGUGAACAUGGUUACCAACUCCGCAGGCAAGAGCCUGGUUCCCGAGAAGGACAACAUGAGCAACUUCUGCUCAACCAUUGCCCUCUUCGAGCAGACCAUCUAA